UUCGUCCUGCGUCCUCAGCAGCUAUGCUUGAACCAUGCAUCUCCUCUACCAAACCGUUAAAAGCUCCAUCUAUCGCAAGAUCUCAAAACCAAUAGGCUUGCAUCAUAUUGAGUUUUGUCUACUAGAUAGGCUUCUUCAGGCCAACAAGCUAAGUGUCCAAGAAACUCUAUAUGCUGCCCCUUCUUCUGCUCAUACUGUUGAGCCUUCACGGGGAGGCGGCCUCGUCGUCGCCGGACGAUGGCCAGUUCGCCUACCAAGGCUUCGCCGGCGCUAACCUCACACUGGACGGCCUCGCCGCCCUCCUCCCCGGCGGCCUCCUCGCGCUCACCAACUUCACGUACCAGACGAAAGCCCACGCCUUCCACCCGACCCCGAUCCGCUUCCUCAACAGGCCGGCGGCGACGAACGCCACCGCCGCGGCGCGCUCCUUCUCCACGUCCUUCGUGUUCGCCAUCGUGUCGCGGUACGACGGCCUGAGCGACCACGGGCUCGCCUUCGUCGUCGCGCCGACCACGGACUUCGCGGCGGCGAACGCCGGGCAGUACCUGGGCCUCCUCAACGCGACCAACGGCGCGGCGAGCGACCCCAUCCUGGCGGUUGAGCUGGACACCAUCCUGACCCCCGAGUUUCGCGACAUCAACAGCAACCACGUAGGCAUCGACGUCAACAGCCUCGUGUCGCGGCAGGCCCGGCCGGCCGGCUACUACGACGACGGCGGCGCGUUCCGGAACCUGAGCCUGAACAGCCGCAAGCCCAUGCAGGUGUGGGUGGACUACGACGGCCGGUCCAAGCAGCUGGAGGUGACGCUAUCUCCCCUGCACACGCCCAAGCCCAGGAAGCCUCUUCUCUCCGAAGCCAUCGACCUUUCGUCGCUCAUGGCGGACGCCAUGUACGUCGGCUUCUCGGCGUCGUCGGGGGUCGUGUUCACGCACCACUACGUGCUCGGGUGGAGCUUCGGCCUGGACGGGCCCGCCCCACCGCUUGACCUCUCCAAGCUUCCAGCCCUGCCACGCCUGGGACCCAAGCCUCGGUCCAAGGUCCUGGAUGUCGUGCUGCCGCUCGCCACCGCGUUGCUCGUCGCCGCGGCGCUAGCGGCGGUCUUCUUCUUUGUGUGGCAGCGGCGCCGGUUCGCCGAGGUGCGAGAAGACUGGGAAGACGAAUUCGGGCCCCACCGCUAUGCAUACAAGGAUCUCCAUCGUGCCACGGAUGGGUUCAGGGAGCGGAAUCUGCUGGGUGUCGGAGGGUUUGGGAGAGUAUACAAAGGGGUGCUUCCGGCAUCCAAUCUGGAAAUCGCCGUCAAGAGGAUAUCACAUGAUUCAAGGCAAGGGGUGCGGGAGUUCGUCGCCGAGGUGGUGAGCAUUGGCCGUCUCCGACACCGGAACCUUGUGCAGUUACUGGGCUACUGCCGGCGCAAGGACGAGCUUCUCUUGGUCUAUGACUACAUGUCGAAUGGUAGCCUUGAGAAGUACUUGCAUGAUCCACAUACGCCAGCCAUAUUUUGGCCCAAAAGGUACUCGAUCAUCAAAGGCGUCGCAGCAGGCCUGUUGUACCUUCACGAGGAUUGGGAAAAAGUCGUCGUCCACCGAGAUAUAAAGGCAAGCAAUGUGCUUUUGGACGAACAGAUGAACGGACACCUGGGAGAUUUUGGCCUAGCAAGGUUAUAUGACCAUGGAACCGAUGCUCAAACGACCCAUGUUGUUGGCACCAUGGGAUACCUCGCACCGGAGCUUGUGCGCACGGGGAAGGCAACGCCCUUAACCGAUGUCUUCGCAUUCGGUGUGUUCCUCCUAGAAGUGGCCUGUGGACGAAGGCCAAUCGAGCAUGGCGAGCACGAUAACCGUAUAGUGCUGGUUGACUGGGUACUUCAGCACCACCGUAGUGGAUCGAUCCUUGAGGCGGUGGAUCCACGGCUAACAGGAAAGUUUGACAUAGAGGAGGUUACCCUCGUGCUCAAACUAGGUUUACUGUGCUCGCACCCAUUGCCUAAUGCAAGACCUAGCAUGCGAAAGGUCAUGCAGUACCUGGAACAUGGCAAACCGGCUCCCGACUUGUCACCGACUUAUGUGAGCUAUGGUAUGAUGGCGCUAAUGCAGAUCGAAGGAUUUGAUUCCUUUGUUAUGUCGUCGUGCCCUACGUCGGCGACUAGCAUCGGUGCGGUGUCUUGUGGGUCUUCAGUUUCAGUUCUAGCUGAGGGCAGAUGAAGCUGUUCUUAUGUAUUAGACUUAAUGUCUUUUUGAAUUUUUCAUUCAGAAAAAGCUUCUCAGAUCUCCAAAAAGCUGCCCACAUGAGGCUUUUCAAAAAA